AUGUCUGACGUUACUGAUAAAACUGCUGAGCAAUUGGAACAAUUGAAGAUCGAAGAUCAAACGGCUCCUACAACUACUGAAUCGGAAACUCCAAAGGUGGAGACUUCAGGAGCUUCCUUGUAUGUUGGUGAAUUGGAUCCAUCUGUUUCAGAAGCUUUGUUGUACGACAUUUUCUCUCCUAUUGGAUCCGUUUCUUCUAUCCGUGUUUGUCGUGAUGCUAUUACAAAUACGUCUUUGGGAUAUGCGUAUGUUAAUUUUCACGAACACGAGGCUGGCAGAAAGGCCAUUGAACAGUUGAACUAUACUCUCAUCAAGGGUAAGCCAUGCCGUAUUAUGUGGUCUCAAAGAGAUCCAUCUUUGAGGAAGAAGGGUUCCGGGAACAUCUACAUUAAGAACUUGCAUCCUGCUAUCGACAACAAGUCUUUGCACGAGACUUUCUCUACCUUCGGUAACAUUUUGUCGUGUAAGGUUGCUACUGACGAAAAUGGAGGUUCCAGAGGAUUUGGUUUCGUCCACUUCGAGAACGAAUCCGAUGCCAGAGACGCCAUCGAGGCUGUCAACGGUAUGUUGAUGAACGACCAAGAAGUUUAUGUUGCUUGGCACGUCUCCAAGAAGGACAGGAAGUCCAAGUUGGAGGAGGUCAAGGCUAAGUUCACCAACAUUUACAUUAAGAACAUUGACCCAGAAACCUCUCACGAGGAAUUUGAGCAAUUGUUUGCUAAGUAUGGUAAGAUAACUUCUGCAGUUUUGGAAAGAGACUCUGAAGGUAAGCCAAGAGGCUUUGGUUUUGUUAACUACGAAGACCACAAUGCAGCUGCUAAAGCUGUUGAUGACUUGAACGAAACUGAAUUCAAGGGUCAAACCCUAUAUGUGGGUAGAGCUCAAAAGAAAUAUGAGCGUUUACAAGAGCUGAAGAAGCAAUAUGAAGCUGCUAGAUUAGAGAAGUUGGCUAAAUACCAGGGUGUUAACUUAUUCGUUAAGAAUUUGGAUGACACUAUUGACGACGAAAAGUUAAAGGAAGAAUUCGCUCCAUUCGGUACCAUCACCUCUGUCAAGGUUAUGAGGGAUGAGACUGGUACCUCCAGGGGAUUCGGUUUUGUUUGUUUCUCCACCCCAGAGGAGGCCACCAAGGCUAUCACCGAAAAGAACCAGCAAAUCGUCGCUGGUAAGCCACUAUACGUUGCUAUUGCCCAAAGAAAGGAAGUGAGAAGAAACCAAUUGGCCCAACAAAUACAAGCCAGGAACCAAAUGAGAUUCCAACAUGCUAACGCAGCAGCCACUGCCGCAGUUGCUGGUUUGCCAGGUCAAUUCAUUCCACCACCAAUGUACUACGGUGGAAUCCCUCCAAGAGUACCAUUCCAAGGUCCAAACCCUCAAAUGACCGGUAUACCUAAGAACGGUGCCAUGCCACCACAACAAUUUGGCAGACCAGGUCCUAUGUACGGUAGUUUCGGACCUCAAGGUCAAUUCCCAAGAAAUGGCCAACAGCAAUUCUACCAACAGAAGCAAAGACAAGCCUUGGGAGAACAGCUAUACCAAAAGGUUUUUACCAAGACCCAAGAUGAAGAGGCUGCUGGUAAGAUUACCGGUAUGAUCUUAGAUUUGCCUCCUCAACAAGGCAUCCAAUUGCUCGAAAGCGAUGAACUAUUGGACCAACACUUCCAAGAGGCCCAUGCUGCCUACAAGAAAUUUAAGGAAGACCAAGAGGCUCACGCAGCUGCUGUUGCAGAAUCGCAGGAGUGA